AUGGACUACAGAGGUCCCAUCAACCCCAAGAACCCGCCCGCGGACGGCGAGGCCGGUAUCAGUAUCUACCUCUACAGACCGUGGAUGGGGGGCGCGAUCGCCGGCGUCGUCACCUUCGGUAUCGCCAUGUGCAUCCAGCUCUGGUACAUGCGCAAACGGGGGACGCGGUGGAUCCAUGGUCUCCUGGCCCUGGGAUGUCUUAUGGAGGUUGGCGGGUACGCGGCCCGCAUCAAGGGACAUGCGAACAUGUUCCUCGUGUCUGUGUUUGUUGCACAGUACUUCCUCAUCGUUGUUGGACAGCUAGAUGCUCUGGCCACAGAAGCUGACGUCCAGGCGCCCAUUCCGGUCGCCGCAGCAAUCUACCUCGUCCUGUCCUAUGUCGCGCAGCGGUUCCCGCACGGCCGCAAGCUGCUGUGGAUGGCGCCCCGCGUCGUUGUCGCCGUCACGGGAGCCGCGCUGAUCGGCGUCGUGCAGACACGCAAGGCGGAGAACAAGGAGCCGCCCGUGUCGUCCGAGACGGCGAACAACAUCCUGCUCGCUGGUCUCGCGGCGCAGACCGCCUUCUUCACGCUCUUCCUCUCCCUCCUCGGAACGGCCAUUGCGCGCAUCGGUCGUAUUCCGACACAGUACAACCUGCGCCGGAACGCGCUCACAAUCCUGUUGGUGGAUCUGGCGGCCGCGCUCCUCAUCCUCCUGCGUACAGUGUACCGCCUCGCCGUCGAGUGCCAGGGCUAUUUCGGCUCGGCCAACAGCAGUCAAGUCCUGUACACGUGUCUCGAGUACCUCCCCGUUAUUCUGGCUAUGGCUGUCUUCUGCGCUUUUCCCAUUUAUCGCUUCAUGCCGUCUGAAGAGCAGAGGAGGAGCCUCGAGACGGACAUUGAUCCUGCCGAACUGGACGGGAUCAAUGGCGGAGAGGAGAUCAAGGACACGUACUCGGCGCAGCUGGAGGCAAGGCGGUCCAGGGAGAGCGCGAGGCCGUAUCCCUAG